GUGACGAUGAAUGUGUGAGACAUUCACUAACAAUCAGGAACCGAUGUGAGUGGAUGUAAAUAAUGUGUUCAGUUAUUAUUCGUACUGCGACGAAGUUUUCUGCUGCUUUUAUCCCUACACAGUCCUCUCGAAAAAGCAAGUCUUUAAUUUCUGCAGCUUCCGUUCAUAUGAGAAAAAUGGUGCAUUACUUAACAGAGCAGAGAGGACGUCCAAACUCGACUGACUACAGGAUUUACUUAAAAACUUCAGAUGGGAAAUACAUAUCCCCCUUCCAUGACAUCCCUCUGUAUGUUGCUGAUGAACAGGACUGUGUUGUUCCACCAAAGAAAAUGAAAAUGAAUGGGAUAAUUUUUAAUAUGGUCGUGGAAGUACCUCGUUGGUCAAAUGCUAAGAUGGAGAUAGCUACAAAGGAACCAUUAAACCCAAUCAGGCAAGAUGUAAAGAAAGGCAAGCUACGAUAUGUAGCUAAUGUUUUUCCACACAAAGGAUACAUUUGGAACUAUGGUGCACUUCCACAGACAUGGGAAGAUCCCAAGCACACUGACAAGGAAACCAUGUGCUGUGGAGACAAUGACCCAAUAGAUGUGUGCGAGAUUGGCUCCAAGGUGUGUGUUACGGGGCAGGUGAUUCAGGUUAAAGUUCUUGGAAUUCUGGGUUUGAUAGAUGAAGGAGAGACUGACUGGAAAGUAAUAGCCAUCAAUGUAGAGGACCCUGAUUCAUCAAGCCUUAACAGUAUUGAGGAUGUGAGAAAGAUUAAGCCUGGACAUCUUGAGGCUACAGUGGAUUGGUUUAAAAAAUAUAAAGUACCUGAUGGAAAACCUGAAAACCAGUUUGCAUUCAAUGGACAGUUUAAGGAUAAGGACUUUGCCAUAGAAGUCAUAAAAUCAACACAUAGCUACUGGAAAGCGUUGGUGAUGCGAAAAAAGAUGAAAGAUGAUGAAAUAGUUUGUCAAAACUCGUCCUUGUGCGAUAGUCCCUUCAAAUGUAGUGAUGAAGAAGCCAGUGCUGUGGUUGAAACUACCGCAGAAUAUGGGGAACCCCUUCCUGUAUCUCCUGAAGUGGACAAGUGGCACUUCCUCUAAAAAUGACAAACUUUUCAUAUUUGUGAAGUGAUUACGAUCAUAAGAAGAUAGAAAAGAGCAAAAGCUGCCAUUACAUGGGUAUUGUGUAAUGUACUCGAUGUAUUUUUGUUUUAUUAAUGUUUUAUUUUUAAAACAUUGCUUAAUUUAUUAGUACAAGGAGCAAGCACUUGUAAAUAAUUGAUCACUUAUGAAGUGUAUUUUCUUACCAAUCAUUUGUGUAUUUUUGCAGAUUGUUUCUGUACAUGGUUAUUGUUAUUUACAUAUUUACAAAAUACAUUUCUUUCAGUGCCAAAAUCAUGUUACAUUUCAUACUUUGAAGUUUGAAUUAUUAACAAUCUUUGCAACUUGAGUUUCUAAGUAAGACUGUAAUAAAUGUUUAUUAUUAAGGACACAUUUAGUAUUUGUUUUCAGAAGUGUUCACGGUAGCUGGUUGCAACAAACAAACUAAUCAGACCAACUGUUGCAGGUUAGGGUUGUGUUUAGUUUUAAAGGCCGUGUUUGGUGAUCAUAUUCUUUAAAAAUAAACUUUUUUUUUGUUUUGCA